AUGGCCGCCGCCAAAGAAGGAGCAUCGCUGCCCACCACGGAGCCGACGCGUGCCACCCAGGUCCCCGACUGGGAGCCCGCAGCGCAGGCGCACGCAGGCAGCAACGUCAAACCUUCGCUGCCCGACACUCUGCGCCAGAAGUUCGACCAAGCAUGCCCGCCGCACCGCAAAUGUCUGGGCCUCACCCGUCGCGUGUUCCUGCUCGUUCUGCUGGCCGUCAUCCUCGCCAUAAUCGCAUUGGCCGUGGGUCUCGGCGUGGGCCUAUCGAAAAAAAGCGGCAGCGAGAACCUGCCCCUCCCUGAUAGCUCCGAAGCGCAUACCGGCGAUCUCACCUUUUACGCCCCUGGGCUCGGUGCUUGCGGCGAGACGUCUACCGAUGACGAUGAUAUCGUGUCGCUGUCGUGGAAGAUCUGGGAUGAGGUGCAGACGGGCACGGAUCCGAAUCAGGUGGUGCUGUGCGGGAAGAAGAUUAGGGCCCGAAGGUUCAACGAGGACGUCAGUGCCGAACGCAGCGUGGACUUGACCGUCGUGGACAGAUGCACCGGCUGCGAGCCCACCGACAUCGAUGUCAGCCCCGGCGCCUUCGAGAAGCUGGCCCCUGUUGCCAGCGGAAGAGUGACCGUCACCUGGGCGUGGCUGGACGCAGCGCCGACGGCGAAGUAG